AUGGAUUGCGAGAUUAUUCAACCCAUACGCAAUAUGUCUGUUCGCUUGCGGGUCUACAAACAGGACUACAGCAAUCAAUAUCAGCCCUUUCUAAUCGAUGUUGUAUUGAACAUGUGUAACGUGCUCUCGAAAAGAAACUUUUCGCCUUAUGGCAUGAUAAUUCGCCACAUUAUGGCCCGCGAUUUGUACAUCGAUGAGAGCCUGUUGCCGGCAUUCCCGCUGGGUUUCUAUCAGUUUUCAAUUUUCAUAAUGGAAAAUCAUAUUAACGACUACGAUUAUAUUGGGGAAAUCAAGAUUUUUGUCCAUGCCAUGGAAAUGGUUCAACUGAAUAGAAAGAAACCCAAGAACAACUAUAAUGAAAGUGUAAAUCAGCCGCCAAAGUAA